AUGGAUUUGAUGAAUAAAAUAUUGGAUAAUAUAAAAGAAGCUGAUUAUAACAAACAUUUAUCAAGCACGAAAGAUUACAAAACACUAUUUGCCGAAAGUCUUUUGCAUUUCAUUCAUUUACAAGGAUUACCAGAGAUACCUGAAGGUUAUUGUUUGCGACCGUUGAUGUCAACUGACUAUUAUCGCGGUUAUUUGGAAUUACUAGCGCAACUUACCGUUGUCGGUGAUGUUACAGAGGAAAUGUUUCUUCAGCGAUUCAGUUUGAUGCGUAAUAUGUCACCUCCUACAUACUACGUUAUCGUUAUUGAACAAAAAGAAACAAGACGUAUAGUGGCAUCAGCAACACUUGUUUUGGAAUGGAAAUUUAUCCACAAUACUGGAUGUCGGGGUCGUAUUGAAGAUGUUGUUGUGGAUAAAAGCGUUCGCGGGCAGCAUUUCGGAAUGUUACUUAAUCAGCAUUUGGUAGCGCUGGCACGACAUAUUGGCGUUUAUAAAUUAUCACUGGAAUGUAAGGAUGAAUUGAUAUCCUUCUACGAACAAUUUGGAUUCAGGAAAGAUGAGGGAAAUUUUUUGGUUCAAAAAUUUUGA